CCGCGGUUCCUCCCGCCCGGAGCCCGGCAGCGGCCACUUGUGCGAUCCGGGGCCGCAGCGCGCCUCUGGCCCCUCUCCGCGCCAUGAGCCGCAGGUUCACCGUCACCUCGCUGCCCCCGGCGGCGCCCGCAGGAGCCCCUGACCCCGAGUCCCGCAGGCAUUCUGUCGCUGACCCGCGUUAUCUCCCCGGGGAGGACGUCAAAGGUGAUGGCAACCCCAAGGAAAGCAGUCCCUUCAUCAACAGCACGGACACAGAGAAGGGAAAGGAGUACGAUGGCAAGAACAUGGCCCUCUUUGAGGAGGAGAUGGACACCAGCCCCAUGGUGUCCUCCCUGCUCAGUGGCCUGGCCAACUACACCAACCUGCCCCAGGGAAGUAGGGAGCACGAAGAGGCAGAAAACAAUGAGGGUGGAAAAAAGAAGCCGGUGCAGGCCCCACGCAUGGGCACCUUCAUGGGUGUGUACCUGCCAUGCCUGCAGAACAUCUUUGGUGUCAUCCUCUUCCUGCGGCUCACUUGGGUGGUGGGCAUUGCAGGCAUCAUGGAGUCCUUCUGCAUGGUCUUCAUCUGCUGCUCCUGUACGAUGCUCACCGCCAUUUCCAUGAGUGCAAUUGCAACCAAUGGUGUUGUCCCUGCUGGUGGCUCCUACUACAUGAUUUCCAGGUCUCUGGGCCCAGAGUUUGGGGGCGCCGUGGGCCUCUGCUUCUACCUGGGUACCACCUUUGCUGGGGCCAUGUACAUCCUGGGCACCAUCGAAAUCCUGCUGGCUUAUCUCUUCCCAGCUAUGGCCAUCUUCAAGGCGGAAGAUGCCAGCGGGGAAGCGGCGGCCAUGUUGAACAACAUGCGUGUGUACGGCACCUGUGUGCUCACCUGUAUGGCCACAGUGGUAUUUGUGGGUGUCAAGUAUGUCAACAAGUUUGCCCUGGUCUUCCUGGGUUGUGUCAUCCUCUCCAUCCUGGCCAUCUAUGCUGGGGUCAUCAAGUCUGCCUUUGACCCACCCAACUUCCCGAUCUGCCUCUUGGGGAACCGCACACUCUCUCGUCAUGGCUUUGAUGUCUGUGCCAAGUUGGCUUGGGAAGGAAAUGAGACAGUGACCACGCGGCUCUGGGGCCUUUUCUGCUCCUCCCGCCUUCUCAAUGCUACCUGCGAUGAGUACUUCACCAGAAACAAUGUCACGGAAAUCCAGGGCAUUCCUGGUGCUGCCAGUGGCCUCAUCAAAGAGAACCUGUGGAGCUCCUACCUGACCAAGGGGGUGAUUGUGGAGAGACGCGGGAUGCCCUCAGUGGGCCUGCCGGAUGGCACCCCCAUUGACAUGGACCACCCCUACGUCUUCAGCGAUAUGACCUCCUACUUUACCUUGCUGGUUGGCAUCUACUUCCCCUCAGUCACAGGGAUCAUGGCCGGCUCUAACCGCUCUGGAGACCUGCGGGACGCUCAGAAGUCCAUCCCCACUGGCACCAUCCUGGCUAUUGCCACCACCUCUGCUGUGUAUAUCAGUUCUGUUGUUCUGUUCGGGGCCUGCAUUGAAGGGGUCGUCCUACGGGACAAGUUUGGCGAAGCUGUGAAUGGCAACCUGGUGGUGGGCACGCUGGCCUGGCCAUCCCCCUGGGUCAUUGUCAUCGGAUCCUUCUUUUCCACCUGUGGGGCUGGGCUGCAGAGCCUCACGGGGGCCCCGCGCCUGCUGCAGGCCAUCUCCCGGGAUGGCAUAGUGCCCUUCCUGCAGGUCUUUGGCCAUGGCAAAGCCAAUGGAGAACCAACCUGGGCACUGCUGCUGACCGCUGGCAUCUGCGAGAUCGGCAUCCUCAUCGCCUCCCUCGACGAGGUGGCCCCCAUCCUUUCCAUGUUCUUCCUGAUGUGCUACAUGUUUGUGAACCUGGCCUGUGCAGUGCAGACGCUGCUGAGGACACCCAACUGGAGGCCACGCUUUCGCUAUUAUCAUUGGACCCUCUCCUUCCUGGGCAUGAGCCUGUGCCUGGCCCUCAUGUUCAUCUGCUCCUGGUAUUAUGCGCUGGUGGCCAUGCUGAUUGCUGGCCUCAUCUACAAGUACAUCGAGUACCGUGGGGCAGAGAAGGAGUGGGGUGAUGGGAUCCGAGGCCUGUCUCUCAGCGCUGCCCGCUACGCCCUCUUGCGCCUAGAGGAAGGGCCCCCGCACACCAAGAACUGGAGGCCCCAGCUGCUUGUGCUGGUGCGUGUGGACCAGGACCAGAACGUGGUGCACCCACAGCUGCUCUCGCUGACCUCCCAGCUCAAGGCAGGGAAGGGCCUGACCAUUGUGGGCUCUGUCCUCGAGGGCACCUUUCUGGACAACCACCCCCAGGCCCAGCGGGCAGAGGAGUCUAUCCGGCGCCUGAUGGAGGCAGAGAAGGUGAAAGGCUUCUGCCAGGUGGUGAUCUCCUCCAACCUGCGCGACGGAGUGUCCCACCUGAUUCAGUCCGGAGGCCUCGGGGGCCUGCAGCACAACACCGUGCUUGUCGGCUGGCCCCGCAACUGGCGGCAGAAGGAAGAUCACCAGACCUGGAGGAACUUCAUCGAACUGGUCCGGGAAACUACAGCUGGCCAUCUGGCGCUGCUGGUCACCAAGAACGUUUCCAUGUUUCCUGGGAACCCUGAGCGCUUCUCCGAGGGCAGCAUCGAUGUCUGGUGGAUUGUGCACGAUGGCGGCAUGCUUAUGCUGCUGCCCUUCCUGCUGCGGCACCACAAGGUCUGGCGCAAGUGCAAGAUGCGAAUCUUCACCGUGGCCCAGAUGGAUGACAACAGCAUCCAGAUGAAGAAGGACCUCACUACAUUUCUGUAUCAUCUGCGUAUCACCGCGGAGGUGGAGGUGGUGGAGAUGCAUGAGAGCGACAUCUCGGCUUACACUUACGAGAAGACGUUGGUGAUGGAGCAGCGCUCCCAGAUCCUCAAACAGAUGCAUUUGACCAAGAAUGAGCGCGAGCGAGAGAUCCAGAGUAUCACAGAUGAGUCUCGAGGCUCCAUCAGGAGAAAGAAUCCAGCCAACACUCGGCUCCGCCUCAACGUCCCCGAAGAGACAGCUGGUGAUGGCGAGGAGAAGCCAGAGGAGGAGGUGCAGCUGAUCCAUGACCAGAGUGCUCCCAGCUGCCCCAGCAGCUCACCAUCCCCAGGGGAAGAACCUGAGGUGGAGGGCGAGACAGACCCCGAGAAGGUGCAUCUCACCUGGACCAAGGACAAGUCGGCAGCUGAGAAGAAUAAGGGUCCCAGUCCUGUCUCCUCCGAGGGCAUCAAGGACUUCUUCAGCAUGAAGCCGGAGUGGGAGAACUUGAACCAGUCCAACGUGCGGCGCAUGCACACGGCUGUGCGGCUGAACGAGGUCAUCGUGAAUAAAUCCCGGGAUGCCAAGCUUGUUUUGCUCAACAUGCCCGGGCCUCCCCGCAACCGCAACGGUGACGAAAACUACAUGGAGUUCCUGGAGGUCCUCACAGAGCACCUGGACAGGGUGAUGCUGGUCCGCGGCGGCGGCCGCGAGGUCAUCACCAUCUACUCCUGAGGGCCAGGACCUGCCCACCCGGGCCCGAGCGCGCCCGGCCCGCGGCCCCGGAGCCCCUUGCCGCGCCCCCCGCCGCUGUCACCGUUUACAUACAGACCCUGUGCCCGAACCCUGGCCCCUUCCCCUGCUGCCUGAAGCCUGGAGGCCACGCCCGUCGGGGAUGACUCGGAGAGGACGCCAGGAGUGCGAAGACCAGAGCCCUGAGCGCCCCGCCGUCCCGUGGGUCUAUGGCCGUGGUGUGGCGCUGCCUUUUUUCUAAAUCCGGCCUCGCCCCGCCGGAGGAGACGCUGCAAUAAACGUCGGGAGCAGGCGCGAAGAGGAGAGGAGCUGGGGCCUUGAGGAGCCCCAGGUAGUCCACGCAGCCCCUUGCCCCUUCCCUCCUCCUGCCGCGGUCCUCGCUCUGCGUCUCUCUGCGCUGCUGCCCAGUUCCGGCGACGGCGAGGGCACCGGCACGGCCGGGAGGCGCGCGGGUGCGAAGGUCGCGCUCGCGUCUCCACCGCCCCUUCUCGCUGAGCCGCGGGGCGCGGCUGAGCCUAUACAUAGUGUACAGGAGACAUCGCGUGUAUUUUUAACGUCCCAUAUUUAUGUAACUAGAAGCGCAACGGACUUCUCGCCAAGUCGAGCUCUCCUGCUGGGGCGCCCAGGGGAGCUGGGGCCUCGGGAAGCUCGGUUUUCCUUGACAUCCGAGAGUCUGAGAGCCAAAGUGCUUUAGGCCCAGGCGGGGGUCGUGGUCAGGGGUCAUGGUCCUGGUCCCUCGACACCCCCGCCCUGCUCUCGCCUUCGCGCUCUUCCCGCGCGCCCUCGGCUUCCCUUUCUUCCCUCCAGUUCUUAGACGAGGUGAGACAAGUGUCCAGCUUUUCCUGGAUUCGCCUCCCAGCGGAUGUGAGUUUCCACUGCGGCUGCAGAGACGCGCGCAACCUCUGCUCGUCGGCUCUUAUGCAAGUUGGGGCCAGGAUAGGGGAGGAGCGAUCCUUAAGGGGAGAAACCCAGGGAGGUCCGCGCCCCACCGAGGAAGCCCCGCCCCGGUGCCUUCGCUGGGGAGCAGGCAUCUCUCCUCACUUGGCUUGUCGCCUGCUCCCUCUAUCCCAUGGCUCCUCGCCAAAGACUGAAAUCGUGGAGCUGCAGGCAAUUCUAGUUUAGGGGCCAGACCCGCUGGGAGGCCCUGGCACCGCCCCUGAUGUUCCCUCCCCUGGCCCUCUCCACAUCCCGGCCUCGGGGACCCAGCUGCCUACCCCGUGCUCUGAGGCCGGGUCUCGCUGCUAGGCAGCGGCCUCUAGCUUGUCUCCCAGGCAUCCUGGCCCAGGGGAGGGCUGGAGUCACAAGCACUUUGUUCUCGGCGCCUCUCUGCCCUCCUCUAGCUAGAACCUGAGGCCUCCAGCUUUCCCCACUCUAGUCCUCGGCGCUUCCGCUCCACCAGCCCGGUCUGUCGGAGGUGCCCCCUGCCCCUUUCCGACCCUUAGAAAGGUGUUUGGAGGGUUCCCUUCCCCCAGGGCACGUUUCUAAGAGGGGGUGGAGGGUGGGGGGGCACAACACAGGCACUGCAUGCUCAUUCCAGCGUCCUCUGGGAUUGGGUACAGUACCUCCAGCCCCAGGGUCCUGACCUGUGCACCUAGUUAGACAUCCUGUCCACCUCACAGAGUUGGGGCCACUGGAUACACCUGACCUCACCACCUCCUUUCCUUUGAGCCCAAAGCAGAGAGAUGCAGCCGGUGCCAUCUAGAGGAUCAGGUGUGGCCAGGGGCAGGUCUGGAGGUCUGCAGGUUAGGCCAAGGUCUCUGAGAUUUGAACGGGUGAUAGGACUGAUUUUUCAGGUAAUAGAAGUUAGAAAUGUCAGACACCAGCCCCUGCACCCUUCAAAAGACCUCAGAGAACCGAGGGCCCUCCCUGCUGGAGACCUGAAUGUUCUGGGCUGACGUGGUGGAAGGGAAAGGGGUCUGUACCAACACCUAUUAGGGAACCAAAGUUGCACUAUCUGGGCCCAGACUGUCUGGUUGGCAAGAGCAGUUUCUGUCGAUGAAACAAACACCCUACAACAAAAACCCAAGUUUUCUGUGCUACAUGUGCAAUAUUUGUUAUGAAUGUCAUGUCAUUCAUUGAAAUUCUUUAUAAUCACUGUAGCUAGAUGUUUCACGUCCAUUCAAGUGACUUUUAUUCUGAGUGCAAUAUUUCAAUAGCCUUGUAGUGAUAACUAGUGUUGCUUUUGUUUUAGAUGAUCUCUGUGCAGGGCAAUGCAAUGAAGCUGAAAACCCUUGUAAAUAGGAGAGGUUGCAAACCAAAUCAAGAGUAUUUAUUACUAUUAUUACUAUUAUUAGGCCUGCCUUUAAUUUUCAGUGUUUCAGUAUUCCGCAUCCUGCCUCAGUAUUGAUCUUGUGUUCUUUGUGCCAAUAUGAAAAGGAGAGGAUUUGUUCUUUCCUGUAUUGUUGAAUGCUCCCAUUUAAUGCUUUAAGGCUUUUCCUGUAUUUUUUAGACUCCCGUCUGCACAAAAUGCAAUAAAAAUAAUUUUAUUAUACCCUU